ACUAUAUUAAUAGAAGCUCCCAAAUCAGGAGCCUGCAGGCCUCAGAUAUUAUUUUGUGUAGGCAAUCACAACAUGCCUAACUUUGUCUCUUUUUCAACAGAUUAAACAAAUUGAUAUUUGUUUAUCAUUAAGAAAUUAUUUAACUAUAGGCUGGGAAGAAACAAACAAGGUGGAAAACUAUUCUUUGAAAACUUCUAACAUAAAACACCAUAUUAAUAGAAGCUCCCAAAUAUAUUCCAAUCAAGAGAAAACUCAGUUUUCUGAUGAACCGAAAGAUAUCACUGAGAAGUCAGUAAAAUCAUUUCUGCAGAGAUUAGAUUAUCUGUUACUCAAAGAAAAGGAAGCCUUUGCUGGACUUGAAGAUCAAAUAGAAAGGGUAGUUAACAAACUUAGGGAGUUAGCAGGGUCCUCUGAUGAUGGUAGCAGUACAGAGGAGGAUGGUGGCAUUAGUACUUGGGAACAUGAACUGAGAGAUUUCAUUGAUGAUGUGGAAAUCGCAUAGAAGAGUUCAUCAUACAGAUAAAUAAGCAGCAAGGGUCGGAUAGGAUAACUUUGAGUAAUUCCUUCGGAGAUGAAAUACUGACAAUCGAAUCUUGCCUUGCUGAAACCAUCCAUAGAAUGACACAAGCCAUUAGUUCAACUGCUGUUCAAGGCAAGAUGGAAGAAACGAAUUCCCAAGGGUUGAAUGAAGAAUUGCCUACUCUACUGUUGCAUAUUCCCUGAGAGUUACUGGAUUGCAAAAGGGAAACUUAUUCGGCUAUUAGUAGCUGAAGAUCUGAUCAAUAAAAAAGCAGGUAAGGUAAUGGAGGAUAUAGCAGAAGAAAACAUAUAUGAAUUGGUCGACCAAAGAAUGCUGCAUAUUGCGAAUAAACAAGCAGGUGCUGGGACUAAAUUACAAGUCCCCUCUCCUUACCGAGAAUUCUGUCUUCACAGAAUAGAGGAAGGAAAUUUCAGAACUUCAUCUCUCAAUUCAGAGUCCAGUAAUCCUCAGCUGGCCCGUCGUGUUGUAACUAAUUCAGACCUGCCAGAGAUUGACAACCUCCCACUGCAAUCUUUGUUCCUGAUUGGUAAUCAAAAACCUUACGAAGAAAAAGAUUGUUGGUUAAAACUUAGUGGUACAAAAUUCUUAAGAGUGUUAGAUCUAGAAAAUACCAAAAUGGAAAGCCUACCCGAUGAAGUGCAAGACAUGAUACACCUGAGAUAUCUUGGCUUGAAACACACUGAAGUAACUGAGCUUCCAGCAGGAGUUGGCAAUUUAAUAGCCCUUCAAACUUUGGAUAUCAGAUGGUGUGGAAGGAUAGAAGCAUUGCCGAAAGAGGUGCUAAAUCUUGUGAAACUGAGGCACCUGAAAAUGUUCAAGAGCACAGGUUUUUGUGGAGUGAUGCUGCCCAAAGGUAUAGGAAGACUCACAAACCUCCUAACCCUCACUGGUAUAAAUGUCAGUGGUGGCAUUGCCAAAGAAUUAGGUAAACUAACACAACUCAGAAGGCUUGGAGUAGUGGAUGUGGCAGAAGACUGUAUAAGUGAUCUACUUUCCUCUAUGGCGAAUAUGCAGGGCCUUUUGAGCUUAUCUCUAGCAGCAAAACAUACCCACAACCAGGCAAAACUUGUACUUUUGGAGCCAUUCUCACCACCAUCAUUUCUGAGAAAGCUUCGGCUGGAAGGACUUCUAGAAAAGAUACCUAGUUGGUUUGGCUCAUUGGAAAAGUUGACGAACUUAAGAUUAGGUUUCUCUCAUCUGUCCGAGAACCCAGCAUUGGUACUUCAACUCCUACCAAACUUGAAAACUUUAACCCUAUGGCACGCUUAUGAUGCAAAACAAAUGGGGAAAGAGUUUUGUAAUGCUGGUGGGUUUCCCAAGCUUGAGGUUCUUAGCAUUGCUUCUCAUGUCCUGGAGGAGUGGACAGAUCUUGAAGAGGGAGCACUACCUAGCUUGAAAUACCUUAACUUGCAUAACUGUCUACAGCUGAGGAUGCUACCUGAAGGUUUGCAGUUUGUCACAACGCUGAGGGAGUUGCGUAUGCUGCCCUUGUUGGAUGAUCAUGCAGAACGGUUGAAACCUGGUGGCGGACAUGAAAAUUACAAGAUUAGACACAUUCCGCAGGUUUCCUUUAUUACUAUGUCUACACUGAGACAAAGAGUGACAUUAAAUUAUACAAGGUGUGGGGUCCAGAUAGGAAGGGGAGAGGCAGAAGGUGAAGCAUGAAGAAAAAGGUAACGAAAUUACUCAUUCGCACAUAUUGCAGACACAUUGGAAAAAUCACAUAAGCUAUUUUAAAUAAAUUUCUCUCUAUUGUAAAUUGUAAACAUAACUUCAAGAUAAAUCAUAUUCAAGUUGUUUUAAGGAUUCAUAAUGAUAUGUAUCAUCCUUUCUUUUA